AUGCCUUUGGGUACUACCGCUGAUAGAAUAUGGAAACAGCCAAACCUCUUUAGAGUAAGAGGUCUUUACACUUACUCGAAAGAGAAUGUUUUUUAUACAUGUAAAUUAUCUACUGCGCCACCUGACAUAAUAUUUUUUACACCACUUCGGCAUCUAGAAAGGCACCCAAACAGGUGCAAAAAGUCAGAACUUUGGGCAAAAGAACUUGGUAUUCAAGCUG